AUGGCUGAUGGCUAUUCUAUGAAAUUCCACGAUACGAUUGCAGCCAUCGCAACAGCACGCGGUGAAGCCGGCAUCGGCAUCGUCCGAGUGAGUGGUGACCUUGCCCUACCGAUCGCCGCUGAAUUGUUCCGAUCACCGCGCGGCGUGUCCCUCACAGAACUGUCAACGCAUACACUUACAUACGGACACGUCAUAGAUACAAACGCAUCCGAUGAUGUCAUCGACGAAGUGUUACUCGGCAUCAUGCACGCACCCAAGACAUAUACCGGUGAAGACAUCGUCGAAUUUAACUGCCACGGUGGUAUCGUGACACUCACAGCAGUGUUAGACUUGGUGGUGAAGAGCGGGGCUCGGGUCGCCGAACCCGGAGAAUUUACAAAACGUGCUUUCCUCAACGGAAGGCUGGAUUUAGCACAAGCGGAAGCAGUCGCCGAACUCAUCGCCUCAAAAACAGAUCUCAGCCGAAAAAUCGCUAUAGAGGCACUCGCCGGAAAACUCUCUGAUACUGUAAAUUCCCUCAGCGACCGGCUCGCUGAUUUGCUCGCAGAAAUUGAGGCAUCCAUCGACUUUCCCGAGGAAGACCUGGAUUUCAUGAAGGUGGAGACACAACUCGGAACGGCGCGUGCUGUUCAGACCGACUUAACAGCACUGCUCGACACUGCCACAGAAGGUAGGAUUAUCACAGAAGGUGUCAAUGUCGCUAUACUGGGAAAGCCGAACGUCGGAAAAUCAAGUCUGCUCAAUGCCCUCGUUGGAGCAACACGCGCAAUCGUUACAGAAAUACCCGGCACAACACGCGAUACAAUUGAGGAAACGAUUAACGUCAACGGCAUCCCGUUGAAACUCAUUGAUACCGCCGGUAUUCGACAGACAGAUGACAUUGUAGAACAACAAGGUGUUGAACGGAGCAAAGCGGUGCUUGACAGGGCAGAACUGUUACUGUUGAUGUUUGAUGCCUCGCAACCGCUGAACAACGCGGACUUGGAACUCUUACAGACAGCACAAUCAGCCAAGGCAAUUCUUAUUCUCAACAAGGUGGAUCUACCGGUUCUGACACCAUCAACGACAUUGCUUGUGCACUGUCCUAAAAAACAGGUUGUCGAGACAGCGAUUCCUGAGGACAAAGGACUCGAUGCCCUAAAGGUUACGAUUUGUGAGGAAUUACUUGGAGGUGAACUGGUCGUCGGUGAAUCGCCGAUUGUGACAAACGCUCGCCACCAAGAAGCUCUCCGGUGCGCGAACGAAGGACUCAAUUAUGCGAUAGAGAGUCUCGAAAAUGGUAUGCCCCCUGACCUCGUCGCCGUCGAUCUCCGGAUCAGUUUGGACGGUCUCGGAGACAUCGUCGGUAGAACAACAACUGAAGAUAUUUUGGAUAGAAUCUUCUCUCAGUUCUGCGUCGGAAAGUGA